AUGUCGGAGAACCAUGAAUUUUUGGAAGCAGAUCUGAUCAGCAGCCACUUUAGCAAUGAGAAUGAUGUUAACUUACUUAGUUUGUCGUUCGAUAUCUGUGCGGAGUUCGAAAAAGUUGUCGAGAAGUUCGGCAGAGAUUCCUUUAUUAACCUCGGGACACUUGUGGCUAGAGCUAUGGACUCUCUGCAUGAAGUGCAUAAACAGAGAGAUAAAAUUAUUGGCGAACUGGAUAGGCUUAAGCAUAAUCAUGCUCUCCUUCUUACGAAGUAUGAAUCGGAGAAGACUGAACUGAAAAUUCUGGAGGAGCGUGUCUUUGAUCUCGAGGACACACUUCAGGACAAAGGCAAGGUGAUUGAGGGGCUGAAGUCCUCAUCUGCGUCGGCCAAGAAGCUGCUUGAAAUGAAGCUGAAAAAUGCAAAUGAUAACAUUUCACGACUUGAAGAAAGAGACAAGGAGCUUCAAGCGACUUAUGAUAAUCUUCGGCAGCGAUAUGGUGAUCUCUUUCGAGCUCACGUUGACUUGAUGGAUCGUCUCCGCGUCUCCACAAAUGGCGACGAUAUUCCGACCUCUUCAACAACUAAGCUAAAGGUGCAGUCGCCUGAGUUCGAGCCAUGCUCUUCCACCACCGCGGCUGUUGGUGCCAUCAAUCCGCUGAUGCUGAUAUCUCACAAGGGUGAUUCUCCGUACGAUUGGGGUGUUCAGCAUCGCUUGCAUCAUGGCUCUGUAGAUGUCAUCCCCGAAAUUUCGCUGGAUACUGAUGGCUCACCAUUUUCAAAACUCUCAGCUGACGAAAAUUACGAUGAUGCGUCUAAUUCCGAGGAAGAUAACGCCAGUAAGGAGGUGAGCAAAUUGGUAAACGACUUCAACGAACUGGAGAAGACCAAUAACGCUCUCAAGGUUGUCAUUAGUGACCUGCUGACAAAUAUGGAAGAUUUGAACAGUGAGAAACUUGAGUUGAAAGAGACACUAAGCCAGAUGCAAAUAUCUCGCUCCAGUAUGCAUUUGCACAUAAAGCAACUGGAAGAGGACAAUGCUCGACUGAAAAGGGAACUCUCUGAGGUACAGGAGGCACAGAAGCAAGUGCUGAUGAAUGAGACCCGAUUAUCCAAGCGGACACGUUUUACUCGUGAAGAAAUGGCCAAAGUGCUGAUGGAGCGCAGUCAGCUACAGGAGGAUGUUUGCGAUCUUCGCGAAAGGCUCUCCUUUGUUAGCUCAGAGCUCAACAAUGGUGGUAAGGGCGGAACGCAGGUGCCCACGACUGGCAGCAACCGAUUCAUGAUCUUCUUUAUGCGUCUCUUCCAACGCCACGGUCGAGAAUCCACGCCGACGGUGUCUUUCGACACCUCAACGUCGGGCAUUUCGAUGGACUUCGGCGAGAGUCGGUUACUCGAUGCUGAAGUCGAGGGAUUGGCAACGAACAGGAAUGAUCAUGGUGCUGGCAAGGCAGUCAGUGGCAGUGAGACCUGGUGGAUUCCUCUACCCAUCACUCCAAAGCCCUGCGCACCGGAGCCCGUGGUAAUGCAGAGCACCUCCAUUCUUCAACGAGCGUCGGCAGCUGUCAAGUCCAAUUCUUUGCCCCCUUCUCUGCGUCCUCUUUCCCUUCCACUUCUACCCCAGCUUCUCUAUCGGCGACCUUUUUCCGAGGCUCUGUCUAGCCAAAUGCAGUUAACUUGCGCUACGUGCCUCUUCGCGAGCGUUGGAGGCUUGCUGCCCUCAGGUGGGGUGGUGGCCGGGCAAAGCCUCUUCCUUCCUCCCGUGGCAACCGUUCCUACUCAAAACUCUGAUAGUGAGGGUCUUUCCGAUCAGCUCUGGGUGUGCCUUGUGGGUGUAUCAGAUACCGCUGCCCUUUCAUCCGCAAAUGGUACCGCUGGGACGGUCACCUCCAGCAACGUGGCGUCAAAACCAGCAUUCUGCAGUCAGAUAGUUGUACUCGACACCAACGCACCCUCCCGCUACGUGGACUCCUUUUUUCUGAGGCGUUCUGCUGUCACUUGUAUGUCCGCAAUACCAGGAGCUAAGCAACUGGACUACGAGGUACUGCGCCUUUACAACACCAUAUGGGAGUCCAUUCCCUUUGCUGAAUGCAACAACUUCGACUCUUCACUCACCGACCUUAAUCAACCCUCUUUCUCGAGACCUGAGGAGAGCACGACGGAGAUAGAAGUAGAUGUGUUAACUGAGGAUGAGGAUCGUACAGGUAGCAUUCAGACAAGCAACACACUCUCCUCCCUCCGUCACUUUGUGGCAAGUGCGGGCAAGGAGGUUCAGGGUGAUUUGUUGCUCAAAGCUCUUCGACGGCAACAGCAACAGCAGCAGUUUUCAUUGGUAAACUCCACUGCUACCACCACAUCCCAGCGCAGCUCCGCGUUUGAACCUGACAUUCAUCUGGAGGGUAAACCUUGGGACUUCUAUCGUGUGGAGAGGCAACGCUUCAAGAGGAUACAUCCUACUGACUCUGCCGCCGCUUUAGACGAUUCCUCUGGUAUGAUAUCGGCAGCGGCAAGCGCUCAGCAGACUGUCUGGCUGGGUUGCCAGAAUGGCGACAUUUUCGUGCACAGUUGUGACUCCGCCCAGCGCAGACCACUCCUAUCCACCCGUCUUCCCAGUGGUAUUGUUGCUAUUUGUCACUUCUCUGGUCGAGUCUUCGUCAGCCUUGCUGACGGACACAUUGUCGUUUUCCGUCGCCAUAUUCAUCGACUCGAUACCAAACUGGCCGCUCCAACAUCCUCGUUCUGCGAAGAUGGUCAUGUGACCUCCACCCAACAACCUUACAAACCACUAUCCAUCAGAGAUGAGUUGUUCGCCUCCGAAGCAGCUGGAUCGUGGAACCUUGCUGAGGCGGUAGUCAUUCGCUGUGCACCUGCAGGUCAAUUCGCUGUGAAGGCUCUGGCCGUGGUGGCGUCUGCACUCACCCUCUGGGCUGCCUACAGAAACCGCAUUAUUGUAAUUGACGCUACGACUUUCCAACGUCUCAACAUAAUUGAGGUGGUCUCAUCCUCAAAUGCCAUCGUUCGUAACCUUUGCUGGGCCCGUGAUGGUGUUUGGGCAACAGUGCGCAAGGACUUCAUCCUUCGUCUCUUCAAUGCCUUCACAUACGAACCGAUGCAGGAGGUAGAUCUGACCUACGUCAUCUACGAGACUGUUGGUGAGAAGCGGACUUGA